AUGCAGCAUAAGAACAUCCUCAUGUUGCUAGAUGUAGUGAACAAGGAGAGAUCAGUGCAUCUUGUUACGGAGCAUGUGGAACUUGACCUGAGGAAGUUUAUGGAUACUUCUCCAGAGAUUGUCAAGACGCCGAGCGAUUUUCUGCAUGGGAUUCUGAGUGGUCUCGAUUAUUGUGAUUCGCAUAAUAUUCUCCACCAAGGUUUGAAUCCUGGGAGUUUGAUGUUAGAUCAUCGUCGUCAAAGCACAGUGAAGAUAGCUGGCUUUGGAUCAGCUAGGACAUUUGGUGUUCCUGCUAACGCGUAUACUGAAGGGGGUAAGUUAGUUCAGCUUCAUUGUCGGCAGCAAUGGGACAAGGCGUCAGUGAAGGAGGAGGGUGAGAAAAGAGAGUCAGUGGUCGAGAGAAGAAAGAUCAGCAUUACUUUGUCUGCAAUAUAUCUUUUAAUAGGCUCUUUUGCUUCUGUUCUCUUCAAUUGGAAAGAAAUAAACAGUUUGAUAUUGUUGGUUGAUUUAGACCGAACAACCUGA